AGUUGAACCACCGUCGAGCUACGUCGUGACUUGUAAAUGGCUGCCAACUCAUCGCGAUGUUAAUACACGUCGGAAGUAUUUGAUACCAUUCCGUCAGACUGUCUGUAUGUGAAAGAAAUAUCUCGUUGACCGAUUUUGUGCGUAUUUUUUGAAUCUGUAAACGAAUAUUUCGCGUGGUAAGCGAAUACAGAAUGGCGGGGAAGACUCUCGUCGCCGUUGCGCUUCUCUCCCUUUUCGCAAACGUACGGGCGAUUAUGUUCUACUUGGAGCCGAACGCCGAGAAGUGUUUGAGGGAAGAGGUUCAGGCCAACGUUCUUGUCUCCGGUGAAUACGAAGUCUCCGAGGCCACCGGACAGACUGUUAAUUACAUCGUAACCGACUCCAAGACACACAUACUUUCCCAAAAGGAAGAUAUUUCACGUGGGAAAUUUUCGUUCGUCACCGAAACCUUCGACACCUUCCAAAUAUGCUUCACGUCUCAUGUUCCCUCUCAUCUGCGAGGAAUGAAGCAAGAAGUCGCGUUGAGUAUCAAGCGAGGCAUUGAGGCAAAAAGCUACGAAGGGAUUGGCGAAGCAGCCAAGCUUAAGCCUAUGGAAGUGGAAUUAAAGCGUCUUGAGGAUUUAUCCGAAUCCAUCGUUCAAGCCUUUUCCUGGAUGCGCAAAAACGAGGAAGAGAUGAGAGAUACAAAUGAGUCGACUAACAGUAGAGUAUUGUACUUCAGCAUAUUCUCCAUGUGUUGUCUCCUGGGUCUGGCGACCUGGCAGGUACUCUAUUUGCGGCGUUUUUUCAAAGCGAAGAAACUAAUCGAGUAAAUGAAAAUAUUAACAACAAAAUUAUAAAAUAAAAAUAAUCCUUCGCAAAUUGAAA